GCAACCCGUGAGGCUAGAACCCCGAGCGAGGUCGGUUGGAGCAAAUAUGUCUUUCCGGAGGCACAUUGGGAAUCCUGAGUAUUUGACUAAAAGGAUACCACAGAACCCAAAAUAUCAGCAUGUCAAGUCAAGACUGGACACUGGUAACAGUAUGACGAAAUACAUUGAGAAGCUAGAAGAGAUCAAAAAAAAUUAUAGAUACAAAAAAGAUGAGCUUUUCAAGAGACUAAAAGUUACCACUUUUGCCCAGCUGGUCAUCCAAGUUGCUUCUCUAUCUGAUCAAACACUGGAAGUGACAACUGAGGAGAUCCAAAGGCUAGAAGACAAUGAUUCUGCAACUUCAGACCCCGAUGCUGAAAUUGCUGCCAGGACCAAUGGAAAAGGGAACCCGGGUGAGCAGUCACCCAGCCCAGUCGAGUUCAUCAACAGUGCGGGAGCAGGGGACUCUAGUCGCUCCACUCUUCAGAGCGUCAUCAGUGGUGUCGGGGAACUGGAUCUAGACAAAGGGCUAGUGAAGAAAGCAGAGCCUAACACCAAAGACAAACCUUAUUCUGACUGCCCCUUCCUGCUGCUAGAUGUUCGUGAUAGAGAUUCUUACCAGCAGUGCCACAUCAUCGGAGCUUACAGUUACCCAAUUGCAACUCUGUCUAGAACGAUGAACCCCUAUUCAAAUGAUAUUCUUGAAUAUAAAAAUGCUCACGGCAAGAUCAUCAUUCUGUAUGACGACGACGAAAGACUGGCCAGCCAGGCGGCCACCACCAUGUGUGAGCGGGGGUUUGAAAACCUCUUCAUGCUUUCUGGAGGUCUAAAAGUCUUAGCUCAGAAAUUCCCAGAAGGACUGAUUACUGGUUCCCUGCCAGCAUCUUGCCAGCAGGCCCCACCUCCUGGUUCUGCCCGGAAACGAUCCAGCCCCAAAGUGCCACCCCCACCGGCUGAGAACAAAUGGAGAUUUACCCCAGAAGACUUAAAAAAGAUAGGAUAUUAUCUGGAAGAGGAUCAGGGUCCCACAGACAAUCCUAGCCGGCUGAACCAAACUAACUCCUCUGGAAGAGACUCCAAGGUGCCUAGUGCCCGCAGUAGUCAGAACCUGCCCACUGGGAUCCCUGCUGGCCACUCGAACCCCCGAGCACUUGGCAGUGGCCACCUGCAAGGCAAACCCUGGAAGUAAAGACUUUAUCUCACUUAGUCAAAUAAAUGUUUCCCCUCCUUUCAGAAUCCCUGUGCAGUUCCCAAGUUGGUCAUUUUCAGAACCGCUGUAGAGAAAAGCCCAUGCCAUGUCGGGUAGGCCAUCUUCCCUCUCCCUGUCUCUCCCUCCUCUCCUUGCAGCCAGCUGGGGAAGGAUUUUGACAGAUAACCACAAAAACCAGAGGCAUGACAGGCUCUAGUGUCCUCCCUAUUGUUUACAGAAUAUUUAAGUCUUUUGAAACUGAAUAGGAAAAAAAGGACCUCUCUC